AUGUCAGCCACAAGAACACCCAAGCCGCUUCGUCGGAUAAUAACAGCCCAUGACUCCAAAAGCGGCCGAGCCAUCUUCAGCAAAGAGGUCGAGGAGCAGGUAUCGUUUACUGGGUUCCCAGUUCCCCCUGGCAAGCCCCCAACUUCAGACUAUGCUCUGGCCUAUAUCACAACCACAUUUCCUGUGCAAGGGCUUUCCCCUCCAACUUCUGCAAUCCCAGAGUCCAAAGCCAAUCUUGACAUUAAGCAAUACAAAAACCAGCUCUCGGAUCCAUCUCCUUUGAAUCCGCCAAACGGCACGUCCUGCACGAUUAUUGAGGUACCUUCGGGUGCAAAUGUUCCCAUGCACCGAACAGAGACCGUGGACUAUGGUGUCGUAAUUGACGGCACUACAGAAUUAGUCCUUGACUCCGGUGAGAAAAAGGUAUUGAAAAAGGGUGAUGUGUUUGUUCAACGUGGCACGGCUCAUGCUUGGCGGAAUGUGACUGAAAAGGAAAACAAUUCUGGAGUUUUACGCGUCUUCUUCGUGUUUCAGCCUAUGGAAAAGGUGCAGCUGGAAGGUGGAAAGGUUGUCGGCCAGGACUUGACUCUGUCUUUGAAAGAGGCUUAA